AUGUUUAAUACUCUUGGACUUAUUUGCAUGAUUUGGUGUUGUAUGAUGCUAUUUCAUCCCUUGCAUGCUGACUUCCAGUGUAUGGAAUCAGAGGAGCAAGCAUCACCUAUUACAAAUGUGAAACUGAAUUGGAGAAGAAUGGAACUGUCCUGGGAGAGUAGCAAGAAUUUCUCUAAGUACAAAUGUACCAUCAGGGACAGGGACAUGGAAACUGUAGAGAAAGAGGUGAAUAGUACACUAUGCACAUUUCCAGUGGAACAAUAUGUGCCUCUGCACAAAGGGGUGUUCUUUAUCAUUGAGCUGCCAAACACAAACAUCUCCAAAAAGUGCACCUUUAUCCCUGCAGGCAUGAAUGGGUCAGCCAUUGAAAACUUCUCCUGUGUGAUUUAUAACAUUUCCUUCAUGAACUGCACUUGGCAAGCAGGCAGGGAUGCUCCAGCAGAUACCCAGUAUUUUCUCUACUGGCAGAACUCAAGAGCUGACAAUGUAACGGAAUGUGAGCUUUACAUUAAAGAUGAAAAUGGCAGAAACACAGGAUGUAGAUUCCAAAACGUGAGCAUAGAGAUUGAAAAAGCUUACUUCGUGGUGAAUGGGUCUAGCAAAGACUCCCUAAUCCAGUUCUAUGAUGAGUACCUUCAACUGUAUACAAUUGAAAUACUUACUCCUCCAUUAAAUGUUGCUGUUAAUUGUCCUAGAGAGUCAGCAGGUUGCAUAAUUACAUGGCAACCACCUCUUACAAGUCACGUGGAAAAUACAAAAUGUUUUCAGUAUGAAAUUAACAUACAGAAUAAGGAUAAGCCCAAAGAGAAUAAGUAUCCUCCUAUAAGAGUAAGGAACAACAUAUAUGAAUUCCAAAAUUACAAUGAGAAAAAAAAAUAUAUUCUGAAAAUCAGAGCACGAGGAAAAAACUGUCUUGUAAGCUCGAAAUGGGGGGAAUGGAGUGAACCCGUCGAGUUUGGUCAAGGAAAAGAUUACUUUAUCUUUGUGCUUUUAUUUCUGAUAGCACUUGGAACAAUCUCAGUGACACUGCUCCAAUAUUGUCUUUUUAAAAGGUAUUGCAGUGUCAAGAGCCUAUCUUCUCCCAUACCACAACCAAGAGACAAAUUUAAUGCAUCAACUGAUGAAGAUAUUCAGUUAGAAUAUGUAAGUCUACCAAAAAAAGACUGUACCGAGGAAAUAACUAUGGUUGAAGAAAUGACCUGA